UAGGGUUUUCCAUUGGCCUCCUCCAUCCUUCAAAACUUUGUAGUGCUGUAAUUCCAUCAAACCUCAAAAACUCAGAAGGGUCGAAAAUGGUGCAGCGUCUGGUCUACCGUACACGGCUUAGCUAUGCCACCAAAUCCAACCAACACCGUAUUGUCAAAACUCCAGGAGGAAAGUUGAUUUACCAGAGCACAAAGAAGAGAGCUAAUGGUCCCAAAUGCCCUGUUACUGGAAAGAGGAUCCAAGGAAUUCCUCAUCUGAGGCCCACUGAAUACAAAAGAAGCAGGUUGCCAAGGAACAGGCGCACUGUCAAUCGUCCUUACGGUGGUGUUCUAUCUGGCAGUGCUGUUCGUGAAAGAAUCAUCCGUGCUUUCUUGAUCGAAGAGCAGAAGAUUGUGAAGAAGGUAUUGAAGAUUCAGAAGGCAAAGGAAAAGCAGUCUUCAAGGAGCUAGAUUGACAGUGAAAACAUGUUUUUUGGUCGUAGUGUCAUCAGAUUAAAUUUUGUUUUCUAAGAGCAGAUGACCGACUUAGGAAGAAUCUUGUUUACGAUUUGUACUUGUGCUUACUACUACUGUGAGGUGAUUGUUUGGUUUUUGAAUGAGCAUUUUUGUUUUUCCUGUUGAUGACCCUUGUUCUAAAUAUAGAUCAAAAGAACUCAUGCUUGGUACUAGUUUUGAUUUGGUCCUUAAAACAUUAUUCAUUCGAUGA